GUGAUUGCUUUGGCAAUGAAGAUAGCCAGCCGGACGGUGACCAUUUUUGCAACUGACGAGCAACCUAGUACAAAACGGCCAAAACCCUCGCUCCCAAAUCUUUUCGGCCUUUCCACUUUCCAGCCCCCAGUUACGAACAACCCCCUCAUGAAGUCAUGGUCAUGGCGAAGAGCGAAGGCCCGUCCGCCGCCGCGGGGCUCCGCCCACGGCAGCGGGGCGCCUUCCUUCUGGGGGAGCCAACCUGGGAGGACACCGGCAGCGGGCGGUGGCGGUGCGCGGAGACGGGGCACGAGCUGCCGGAGCGGGAGAAGGAGGCCUACGCGCGGUCCCGCGCCUGCCGCCUCGCGCUCAUUGACCACGCCGUCGCGCACAAGAAGCCGCCGCUCAACGCCUUCAAGCCCCACCCCGAGCACAAAAAAACAAGAGGACCAGAUGACUUCUGGUGAGAUGGCUGAUGGACAAUCUGUGAAGUCAAAUGAAGAAGUGGCAAAGAAGAGCAAGCCAAGCAAGAAGUACAAGAAGAAAACUAAUGUUUCCAGUCCAUUGCCAGGAGAACCUAAACCAGAGAUGGAUGGUUCAGAUGAUCGCAAUUUCUGGGUGCCUCCUGUCGAGGGUCGCUGGGAUGAUGAUGACGGGAAAAAAAGAUGGGAGUUGUCACCGGGAAAGCACACAUUAGCAAAGAAUGAAGGUGGUUCUGAUGCUGCUGCUGGUGGUGGUGAUAACGACGGUGGUGAUGAAAAUGUUACGGCUGAGAAGGAUGACGCUGAAUCAAGGGAACUUGCCUCAAUGACAAAGCAAAUUUCUUCCUGGCUGCAGCUAAAGCAACAGAUUCGGGCACCCGUGAGCGCAGCCUCCUUUCAAAGUUCAACGAAAGGGCCUAAAAGUCAGCAGGAGUGGAUCGUCCGGGCUAGGGACACAGACAGUCCGCGUGUGGUCAGAACAACAGUAACAACUAGGUGGUGGUUGGAGGCUAUAAAUAUAACCCCAGCCACCCCAUUUAAUGGCAUCCAAGUGAUCCAAUCAACACAAGCACUCCUAUUCAUUGCAAUAGCAAGAGCAAGAGCUUCCACUCCAAGUCACACUCAAAGCAAUAGAGAUCCACCAAGUGCCACAAUUAAGAAGUGAUCAACUAGAGAUUAGUGCCUUGAGAGAGACGUUUGAGAAGAGUGUGUCAUUGAGUUUCUUGUGCUCUUUUGCUUGGUGUUGUUCAUCCGUACUCUCAUUCCAUUCCUAUUUUCAUUCUUUAUAAAGGCUAGAAAGAGACUUUGUGUGUGUGGGGAUCCGGGGAUCCUUAUGGGGACUUCAUGUCCUUUGAAUUGAGAAGAACACUCAACCGGUAUAAGGGACCGAUUGAGAGAGGUAAAUGAUUGAAAGAGACCCGUCAUAAAUAGACUCCUCAGUAAAGAGGUAGGUUUCCUUAUGAAACCAAACUCUACUAAAUAAAUCGUGUUGUCCUU